CUCGCGGCCGCGGGAUUCCUCUCUCCGGGUUUUCGGGCCCCCCCUUCACACCCGCCGCCGGAGCGGGACGGCGUGCGAGCGAGCGAGCCAGCCAGCGCGGAUGCGCCCCGGCUCCCCGCGGCGGCGGCGGCGGUGGAUGCUCGGCGGCGCGGCGGCCGCUCCGCAGCCCAGGAGCCCGGCGCAGAGAGGGAGCGAGGCGAUGAGCCGCCCGCCGGCGGCCGCCCGCGAGUGACGGCGGCGGGGCAAGGCGCGGCGGCGAGGAGGAGGAGGGCAGCGAUCCCCGCCAGUGCCCGCGGGAGCCCGGGAGAGCCCCGGCCGAGGGCUCGGCCAUGCCCUUCGCCAAGCGGACCGUGGAGCCGCAGCGGCUGUGCCGGCGGCAGCCCGCCGCCUCCGUGCUGGAGGAGAGCUGGGGCGCCGAGCCGCCGCCGCCGCCGCCGCGGGACCCGCCGCCGGAGGAGCCGGGGACGGCGGGCGAGGGCGCGGAGGCGGCCGGCGGCGGGGAGAGGGAGGCGGCGGCGGUGCUGAUGGUGCUGGACCUCUGCUCGGUCAGCAACGUGGCCCUGUCGCGGAUCCUCCGGCAGCUCUCCGACGUGGCCCGGCACGCCUGCACCCUCUUCCAGGAGGUCGAGGCGGACAUCCAGGGCACCCACCGCCGCGUCCGGGCGCUGCACGGCCGCAUCGCCGGUCUCCAGGGAGCCGUGCGCGGCCUCGACCCCAAGCAGGAGGCAGUGCCUGUCUCCAACCUGGAUGCAGAGAGCAAACUGAGUGUCUAUUACCAAGCACCUUGGAAUCAGCAAAGAAACAUCUUCCUCCCCUCCACCAGACCGCCUUGCGUGGAGGAGCUGCACCACCACGCCAAGCAGCACCUGCGAGCCUUGCACAGAGAACAUCGAAACCGAGGUGAUAACAGAGAGCAAAAAGUCCAAGGCCCCAUCACUGUGGUGGCUCCUCCCUUUCCUCCCUUCCCUGCAAUCUGCAGUCAAAAGAGGCAAGCGAUAAAGGACCGGCACUUGCUACCAUUUAACAGCACCCGUUCGCCCUCCCCAAUUGAGUGUUGCCACAUGACCCCCUGGAGUAGAAAGUCCCAUCCACCAGAGGACGAAGAUACAGAUGUCAUGUUAGGGCAGAGGCCGAAAAAUCCAAUACAUAAUAUCCCUUCUACACUGGAUAAACAAACCAAUUGGAGUAAAGCACUACCUCUCCCAACUCCAGAGGAGAAAAUGAAACAAGAUGCCCAAGUGAUUUCUUCUUGCAUUAUCCCCAUCAAUGUCACUGGAGUUGGUUUUGACAGAGAGGCUAGUAUACGCUGCUCUCUUGUUCACUCACAAUCUGUACUACAGCGGAGACGAAAGUUGAGGAGGAGGAAAACCAUCUCUGGCAUCCCCAGAAGAGUGCAACAAGAAAUAGAUUCAGACGAGUCGCCGGUGGCGAGAGAGCGCAAUGUGAUUGUGCAUGCAAACCCGGACUUCUCCAGCUCUGGCAGUAGGAGGUCGGGGACCCGGGACUCGGAGUGCCAGACGGAAGAAAUCCUGAUAGCUGCUCCCUCCCGGCGGCGGAUCCGCACCCAGAGGGGGCAGAGCGUCAUUGCCUCCCUCUCCCACUCCGCUGGCAACAUCUUGGUGCUGGCAGACAAUGGGGAUGCUGUCUUUGCUGCUGCUGUAAGCAACCGCAUCCGCUCGCGGAGCCUUCCUCGCGAGGGUGCCCGGGCCAGCGAGGGCCAUCAGGAUGCCACCACCAAGAGUGCAGGGUACAAAGCAGAGUGCUUCCUAGCUGGCCAGGAGAGGAUCCCGAAAAAGGGGAAGGAAGUCUUGAGCAAGCAGGGUUCACAAGAGCACCAGCCCAUCGGUUUAACUUGUCCUCAGCACCUGCACAGCCCCGAACACAGCAUCGGCGAGAGGGGGAGAUCGCGGCUGUCAAGGAUGGCUGAUUCAGGCAGCUGCGAGAUUUCGUCCAACUCGGACACCUUUGGGAGCCCCAUUCACUCUAUCUCCACGGCAGGAGUCCUGCUCAGCAGCCACAUGGACCAGAAAGAUGACCACCAGUCCUCCAGCGGCAACUGGAGCGGGAGCAGCUCCACGUGUCCCUCCCAGACGUCUGAAACCAUUCCUCCUGCCGCCUCUCCUCCGCUGACAGGCUCUUCGCACUGUGACUCUGAGCUGUCACUCAACACUGCUCCCAAUGCCAACGAGGACUCCAGCGUCUUCAUCACGGAGCAGUUUGGUGACCACGCCGAUAAGGUCAGGGGCCACAGGGCAAGCUCCUUCACCUCCACUGUGGUGGAUUUACUGGAUGACCCCAACAACAGCAACACGAGCGACAGCGAGUGGAACUACCUGCACCAUCACCAUGAUGCCUCCUGUCGCCAGGACUUCAGCCCCGAGCGCCCAAAGGCCGACAGCCUGGGAUGCCCCAGCUUCACCAGCAUGGCCACCUAUGACAGCUUCCUUGAAAAGUCCCCCUCUGACAAGGCAGACACUAGCUCACACUUUUCCGUGGAUACAGAAGGAUACUAUACCUCCAUGCACUUUGACUGUGGUCUCAAGGGUAAUAAAAGCUAUAUUUGCAACUAUGCAGCCACAGGCUCUGAGAGUGGCCAGACUGGGAGCAUGACCUCCAGCCUGGCUGACUGUGCCUGGCAGGAGUGCAUGAGCCACAGGAGACAGGGACGGCAGAGCAUCUCACUGAAGAAACCAAAGGCAAAGCCAGCCCCACCAAAACGCAGCUCGUCUUUGAGGAAAUCAGAGGGCAGCACUGACCUUCCUGACAAGAAAGAACCAAAGAUCGGUGGCGGGCAGCACAUCUCUCACACUGCCAGGGAGAUGAAGCUGCCCCUUGAGUUUUCAAACACACCCUCCCGAGUGGAAGGCCCCAACCUGCCAGCCAAGCAGGAGCUCCCCUGGGCGAACCAGAGCGACGGCGAGUUAAAGGACACUCCAUUUGACACUGCCGAUAUUCCCUCCUUUAAAGAUGAAGGUGCUGAACAACCUCACUAUGCAGACCUCUGGCUUCUGAACGACUUGAAAUCCAGUGAUCCUUACAGGUCCUUGUCCAAUUCAAGCACUGCUACGGGUACUACAGUCAUAGAGUGCAUCAAGUCACCAGAGAGCUCUGAAUCCCAGACAUCCCAGUCUGGGUCACGAGCCACCACCCCAUCCCUCCCUUCCGUUGAUAACGAGUUUAAGCUGGCCUCCCCUGAGAAGCUGGCAGGGUUAGCCUCGCCCUCCAGCGGGUACUCCAGCCAGUCAGAGACACCCACCUCUUCUUUUCCGACCGCUUUCUUUUCAGGACCUUUGUCUCCAGGGGGAAGCAAGAGGAAGCCAAAAGUACCAGAGAGGAAAUCGUCACUACAGCAGCCGCUCUCGAAAGACGGCAGCACCUCGGUGAGCAAAGACCUCGAACUUCCGAUUAUACCUCCUACUCACCUCGACCUAAGUGCUCUUCACAACGUCUUGAGCAAGCCCUUCGCUCACAGGCACCAGCUGCAUGCCUUCAGCCACAGCAAGCAGAGCACAGCAGGGGAAGCCCUGCAUCCCAGCCCUCCCUCCGCCCUUGCCAUCACGCCCUCUGUUCUCAAGUCUGUCCACCUCCGGGCAGUCAACAAGCCUGAAGGAGGGAAACAGAAGGGCAGCACUCCAGACCUGCUCUGCAUACAGGAGACCGCCUUGAUGGCAACUGACAUUUCUCCAGGCAAAAUGAGGCCGCUCUUAGCUAAGAAACCAGUAUCGCGCCAGUAUUCCACGGAGGAGGCCAUAAUGUCAUACGUUGACGAUUCCCCAGCAGAAGUGGGCCCCAGUAAGCUGCCUUUAGAGAAAAGCUCCUCUUUCAGUGGGCAGAAUAACUGUGAGCAAGAAGCUGUAACUUCAGCCAGCAUGGGCCUGGUUGCAAUCAAACCUGGGAAGGACCAAACGCACCCAGCCGCUGAGUGCUUGCCAGAAAGCGCUCUGAAUCAGAUGUGUGCCAUCUCCACGGACGGGUUUCAGAAGGGCUCGGCUGUCCUCACAGGCGAUGAUGAAGCAAAGAAACCCGGCCAGGGAGCAGAAACAGAGCGCAACCUUCAGCAAGUGCAGGCUCAGCGAGAGCUCUCAGCAGGCAGCAAGGGGAGGCAGGAAGCUGGGCCUUUGGGCGAAAGCCCAGCUCAGGUCGAGGGAGCGGCCAUCAGCGAUCAGCUCAAGCACCGACCCGAUGUAAGCCACCGUGUGCCUGGGAAUAUCGGCUAUGAAGCAGAGAUAGCAGCAGUGAAUUCACUCGGCAAAGUGGCAAGUGGCAAGCAGGAAAAUGAUAUCGCAUCAGGUAUCCCAACCAAAAGUGCCUCUGAUGACAGCAGGGCGGACGAGACAGCGGGCAGUGUGGACGAGCCUUUGCUGAAAGAAUCUUCUCCAAGCGACGAGUCCAUCAUGUCUCCGCUGAGUGAGGAGCUGCAGGCUGAUGCUGAGGAUGUCUUUGUGUCUCCAAACAAACCCCGCACUACGGAGGAUCUGUUUGCAGUCAUUCACAGAUCAAAAAGGAAAGUUCUUGGGAGAAAGGAUUCUGGAGACCUUUCUGUAAGAAACAGAUUGAGAGCUUCGUCUGGGACUAGCAGCCAGCCCCCCUCCAGCAGCACGCUGCCUGCCAGCAACAUGCCACCGGCCGGCAGCGUGGGCGCUCCCAUUAGCAGUCAGAGGUCCCCUGGGCUCAUAUACAGGAAUGCCAAAAAGUCCAACACAUCCAAUGAGGAGUUUAAACUACUGCUUCUUAAAAAAGGCAGCCGAUCUGAUUCCAGCUACAGGAUGUCCGCCACGGAAAUUCUGAAAAGUCCUAUUUUGCCCAAGUCUCCGGGAGAGCUGAUGGCAGAUGCCCCCCAAAGCCUGGAGGAGUCUCCGCCUGCGGCGAGCCCCGAUGCGUUGUCCCCGCUCUCCCCCUGCUCCCCCAGGGUCAAUGCGGAAGGAUUCUCCUCCAAGAGCUUUCCCAUGUCAGCGUCCUCAAGAGUGGGGCGCUCACGGGCACCUCCAGCAGCCAGCAGCAGCCGGUACAGCGUGCGCUGCAGGCUGUACAACACUCCAAUGCAGGCCAUCUCUGAAGGAGAGACAGAGAACUCGGACGGCAGCCCUCAUGACGAUCGAUCUUCUCAGAGCUCAGCGUAGGCUGCGUGGGCGCCAUGGCCAGGCUGCCAACACCACUCGGGCUCUGUAAGGAUAUAAGAGGCCAACGCUGUAGCAUUCAAAAAAAAAAAAAAAAAGAAAAAUGUUGCAGGGCAAUAUUGAUGCUUAAAAGUGUUUGUAAGAUGCUGGGGAAACAGAGGACUACAGCUGUAGCUAUUUAUUACGUUAUAUUUUCUAAAAGGAGGCAGAUACACUAUGUUCUGUUUUCUUUUGGCUUCAUUUGGUUUAUCCCACUCUCAUUUCCGUUGUCACUGUAAAUUUCAAGGCUAUACACUUUCCAUAGAGUUAAAAGUGACUUUGGGUUGGUUUUUUUCCAGAAUCUGCAAGUCCCUCACUGUAGUGCUUCCCUAGGGAGAAAAAAAAAAGAAAAUGCUCUUGAGGAUUGGUAUUUUUCUACACUAAAAUGAGCUGAAACAAAAUUUAGAAGAAAUUAACAAAACAUAUGUAAAUACCAUAUUUUUGAUAAAAAUUUGUAAAUAGAACUAUCAAAAAGUGGACGUGGCAAACAAUUUACUGCAUAACAACUUUCUUUAUAGAAGACAAAAGAAGUCAAAUGUAAUAACUGUAUUCUGUGAAUACCAUUUUCAUAUCAAACAUAAAAAAUUCACAUGGCCACCGAUAACCACUUUCAGUGCGAUAAGCCUGAAGGACAACAUUGAGCAGUGGAAUGGAGGAAUUCUCCGCCUUAGCUAAGGAAAUGGAAAGGCUGACUGCGAUUGAAGUAACCAUUUGUCUUUCCAAGGCAGCUCUGAAGAAGCUAACUGGAAAGCACAGCUGGGAGGGUUACCGUGAGGAUGGGUGGGGAAGGCAAGCGUGCUUCCGACAGAACAAAGUCAUGUCUGAUACAAAGCCCCAAAGGAUCCCAUCCCACAGCCUCCCCUGGGCCUUUAUUCUUGCAGGGAUUGCUUCAGAGAGAAUAGAUGUGAGAAGAAAUAGUGCUUAACUUUCAUAUUCCUAUUAGGCUAUUGGGAUACAGAACACGGUCAUAACCUCGUAACUAUAAUCUUUAAACAUGCUUAGUUUCUGGUUCGUAAAGGAAACAAAUAAAUUAUAAGCAUGCUAGAAGCGCUUUUGAUUUAUCAGUAAAUAUCCGCGAUGAGUUUUCAGUGAAGCUUUCUCUUUGUGCUGAUGAGAUUCAUGCUACCUAAAUAUUUACAAAAAUGACACUGUGAAAACGUAGCUGGGAAAUAGGUAUGUGUAUGCAUUAUUUAUAUUCAUUGAUGAGCUGGGAAGGGGAGAGCUCCGGUUCAUUGUGCCAGCCACAUACAGUUGGGAUCUUGUCUGGGUUUACCAGAAACGUGGAAUAGGGUGGGGGACUGGGGUGGGGUGGGAAAGGAGACAAAUCAAAGCAGCUGCUUUGAUACCAAUGAAGGCAGGGAAAUAAAAGCUGAAUUACUUGAAGUUACUUGAAUUUUCUCGUCUUAAAACUGCAAGAACAUGUACUUUUAAAACUUAACCCGUGAAUCACUUUAUACUUUUAAUUUUUUAAACAGAAUAAAACCAACAGGCCUGAUUCUCCUGUGGGUCACCACAGUUUCCAUCAAUGUAGCGCCAUCCGUGCUACUCAGAGAACAAGGCCCUCUUUGUCCAAAAUUGAUGCAGUUGGUGUUGGUUGCUGUAGGAUAUGGUUUGGAAUAGAGGAAAGGUCAGUGCAGAGAAAAUAGUGCGAGGAGGAAUGUGGUGUGCAGUAGGACAGGUCGAGUAGGAUGGCAGAAAGAGUGUACUUUGGUACUAAAGAAAUCAACUAAAAGCUGGCUUUAAGCAUAAGUAAAUGAUAGGGAAGCAGAAUGUGUGAAAUCAGUUUUUACCAUUUUUUUUGCUUUUAAUCAUGUAAUGCAUAAAGCUGAGAGUUUUUAAAAGUGGGCAGAGCAUGUUUUAAAGAGGAAGGUUCUACCUAAAACUGUUAGGAAUUUAAGGAGUCUGAGCAAGUCAGAACGGUUUAACAAAUCCCAAAUGUUAUUCUCCAUAAGGUUCACAUAUGAUUUUGUCUAGUACUUACCACAAGAAAUAUAUUAUUAAGAGUUUCCUACCGUCCUCCUGUGUAGCCUGGUUGCAUUUGGUGCGCGAGGUAGAGGCACCGUGCAUGUGGUAUGUGCGUUGGGAAGAGGGGUGGUCCAUCAGCUGAAGGCCUGCAAAAUGGGGAAGUCUAAAUAAUCUAGAAGUCUAAAAUAGUUUUCAAAAAGGUAAUGGGAGCAAGGGUUUGGAAACAAAAGGCUAAUAAUAUUAGUAGCUUAGUUGAGAAAAUAAGUCUGAACACAAGUGAAGUGAAUGAAUGAGAAAUGUUUUAAGAGGAAACGUUUAGCAUAUAACAAACCACUUUCUGGAGAACAUGAGUAAAGGAAGUUUAGAUAUUGGGCAGAAAAUCCUUAGUUUGUCAUCUUCAGUCAUUUUCCUUAAAAAUUUUACCGGGAGCACUUUUACAACAUGUCUAAUAGUCCUGAGUUAAAUAGUCAUUCAAAACUGUAAAGAGAAUACAGCUGAAUUGACUUUGAUGAUAUCACUUUUUAUUACUAAUCCAUAAUUUAAUAGAGACCAUAAAUAAAUAUCUAUACACUAAAAAAAUUUUUUUUUUACUGGAAUGGUGAGGCAAUACUUCACGUACAGAACGGCCACAGAACAAUCCCAUUAAAAUAUAGUCUUACUUCUUUUGUUUAAUUUCCUAGUUUAUAUUUAGCAGAUUGAAACCCAAAUAAAGAGAGAUUCACUAUGAAGAAAAGAGCUUGUAGCAAAUGUGGGAGUCAGAAGAUGCAUGGCGGGGACCCCUGUAGUGUUGCAGGCGUGCCAUUAAGGCACCAGAGGACAAGCUGUAGAGUGAAGGGAACAUCACUCACCUCUUGAGACAGGGUACAGUACAUGCAUCAGGUAAACUGCUGAACUGUCAUUUUAACCUACUGUUCCGUUGUUUGCACUGAUGUUAUGGAAAUGAUUUCUGAAGUUAUACAGCUGUGUGUUCUGAAAAAUAACAUUGUCCCACUUUUUUUUUUGUUGUUGUUGUUGUUGUGGCAGUGUAGAGGACAUGGAAUAGUUGUAGCAAAUAAAGCAUAUGUUUGCUUUUGCCAAAGGUCAGUGAUUGAGUGCAUUUGCUGCAAUGGUGGCAGAUAGAGAAAUACUGUAGGUUAUGACUUAAAGAAUUUAAAAAAAAAAAAUUAAGAAGGUUACAGUGUAACUAUUUUGGUACUAGCACCAGUUCAUGCUGGCAGAAAAGACAAUGGUUUAUGGACUUGCAUCCAUUUUGUAUUUUUGUAAUAUUUGUAAAUAUGAACUUUUUAAAUUGUUGCAAAGAUGGUUUCUUUUGUAAAAUGUUUUCAAAGUUUACAUUAAAUCCAAGCCUUUGUAUAUUUUAGAGCUGUGCAACACUUUAAGUCUUGUAUUUAUUUUUAGUAAAAACAGUGACAGUUUCAUUGUGAACCCCUCUCAAAAAAAUGUGUCGGAGAAGUUUGAUUACCUAGAAAGUGUGUAUAGAAACUGCAAAUAAACGUGACUGCAAUUAAAUCA